AUGUCCUGCCCUCACCCUGCAGAGUUCAAUAUCACCCUGGAGGCGGAGGAGAUGAACCUUGUGGACUUGGUGUGGCCGCAGCAGGAGAGACCGAAGUAUUCAGAUGACCCGAUUUUCGUUCUCGAGACUCGCUUUGCUGGCAAGAGUUGGGAGGAGAAGGUGCGGGAGGUGCGGGAGGAGAUGGUGAAGAAGGGCGCGGACAUGCUGGUGGUGACGGCGCUGGACGAGGUGGCCUGGCUCCUUAAUCUUAGAGGAAAUGACAUACCUUACAACCCAGUAUUCCGCGCAUACGUGAUCUUGACACCUGACCGUCUGGAGUUGUACGUGCCGGCGGGGAAGAUAAUGCCAGCAGUGGACAGCCAUCUGCGUGUGAACCAGUGCGGUGACGGGCGGGAAUGUGUCACCAUCAAUGACUAUGUCUCGAUUCUGGACAGCCUCCGCGCCCUCAGACUCAGGAACACGGUGAAGAAGGUGCUGCUGGGGGCAAAGUACUCUUACUCCGGGGGCGCCUCCUACGCUAUCUACUCUGCGGUGCCAGAGAAGAUGAGAGUAAAGGGCACCUCUCCAAUACUUCUGAUGAAGGCGCGGAAGAACCCAAAGGAGGUGGAAGGAAUGAAGAGAGCUCACGUGAAAGAUGCUGUGGCCCUUUGUGACUUCCUGUCCUUCCUGGAGAACGAGAUAGAGGCCGGGCGGUACUGGAGUGAGAUAUCCGCAGCACAGCGCCUUGAGGAGUACCGGGGGCAGCAGCAGGACUUCGUGGGGAUCUCCUUCGACACUAUCAGCGCCUUUGGGUCUAACGGCGCCAUCGUGCACUACGCCCCUUCCAAGGAGACCAGCAAGCAGAUCACAAAUGAAUCUCUGUACCUGCUUGACUCCGGCGGCCAAUACAAAGACCUCGCCACCCUUGUGUUCCCUGAAGGCACUGGGGACACCGACGUGGACAUCCUGGCAAGGAGGCACCUGUACGCCGUGGGUCUUGAUUACCGACACGGCUCAGGGCACGGCAUUGGAAUGUUCCUCAAUGUGCACGAAGCAUUUGAGAGCACCUACCGGCUUAAUUACUUCGGGUCGCAUGAGCCUGGCUUCUACCUAGACGGGGACUUCGGCAUCCGGCUGGAGAACAUUCUUACUGUGAUUCCCAAAGAAACAACGUACCACUUUGACAAGCAGUCCCUCGGGUUUGAGCCUGUCACCUUGGUUCCCUUCGAGCCCCGCCUCAUCAACACCACCCUGCUCUCCGCCAGACAGGUAAUUGACUCACAGGUGUGCCGCAGGUGA